CUUCAGUCUGAACACAGAGACCGAGCAUCACUGCAGGGAACAGACUCUACCUCACCACAGUGUCUUUGACCGAAAACAGCAGCAGCAGCAGCAGCAGCAGCAGCAGGAUGACUCUAGCAGCAUACCGGGAGAAGAUGCGAGAGCUCCCUCUGGUGUCUCUCUUCUGCUCCUGCAUCCUUCCUGAACUCAGAGACGCCGCAGCCGAGAAGAAGGAAGCCGGCGUGGUGGACUUGAACCUGUGCAACAUUCGCGACAUGGAGGUGAUCGAGCUAAGCAAGCGGACAAGCGGACAAGCCUUUGAGGUGAUCCUGAAGCCACCCACCUUCGACGGCGGCCCCGAACUGAGGGCGACCACGCCGCCCCGCCAGAAACCUUCACUGGAAGAGAUCCAGAAGAAACUGGAUGCCGCCCAGGAGAGGAGGAAGUGUCAGGAGGCAGAGCUGCUGAAGCACCUGGCCGAGAGGAGGGAGCACGAGCGUGAAGUCGCUCAGAAAGCUCUGACCAAAGAGCGUCAGGAGCACCGGGCCGACGCCGACAAGGAGCAGCGGCAGAUGCACCUGAACGCCUCGCAGGAGUGGCUGCAGGAGGAGGACAAGCACAGUGUGGAGGUGUCUUGAUGGCCUGAUCACAACACAAGCUGAACUUUCUUUGGAAGCCAUUUUGGAGGGCUGAUGAGCUGAGGUUUGUUGUGCCGGCAAACCCGGCGCUGCUCCGACUGGGAGACUUGACAGGAAGAGACAAGAGUGAGAGGAGGAGGACGGAGGGCGAGUCCGACCGCUCGACCUCUUCUGUGCAACCAGGACUCUUCUUCAUGAGACUAACUCUUUAUAGCGAGAAAGACCUGUGAUACUAAAGGACGCUGCAGAUUCAGUCAUCAUUGGAUGGUUUACUGUGCUUUGUUGCCAUGCCAACAGUGCCAUGUGUUCGUGUGUGUGCGUGAUUGUGUACAUCUUCACAAGUGUGAAAGGUUUUGCCCACCAGACCAAACCAAACAACAAAAGCCAGGCCUGAACCCAAAGGAACUGUUACUAAACUGGAACUGGGUCGUCUUCUGCUGUGUGAAUAUGGGGUAGUCACUCUGAGUCAAACAGCGCCACCUGCUGGACAGUUUAGAUUAUUGGCAAAAUCAGCAAAGGUGCCUCCUCAAAAAAACACGUAAGUCCAUGUCUGAGCAGCUUUGAGCGUAACACAGAUCAAGAUCAAGUCAAGAACAAUAUCAGGAAAUCCCUCAACAAAGUCAACAGGACAGGACAGGUCUUAUUGAUUAGUUUUGAGACUGAGACAAGUCAAAAUACAGGCCAACCAAAAUAACUCAAAACACCCCUGGGACUCUGAGCAAGUCCGGUUGAGAACUAAGUACUAAAACCACAAGAUAAGUCAAAGUCAGAAUCUGAGCACCCGUUAGGAGUCGGACAAGUCCGGUUAAAUACACUCACAAGAUCGAGACAAGUCUGAGAGACAAGAGCCAGUUAGAUGAUACAGAGGCGAGUUCAAAUUAAAACAAAUUUAGAAGAGAGAGACGAGUCCAAGUCAAAGCAUCAACGAGACAGAGUCGAGUCAGAGUCAAAGCAUCCACAAGACAGAGUCGAGUCCCGGGUCAAAGCAUCAACAAGACAGAGUCGAGUCCCGGGUCAAAGCAUCAACAAGACAGAGACGAGUCAGAGUCAAAGCAUCAACGAGACAGAGUUGAGUCAGAGUCAAAGCAUCCACAAGACAGAGUCGAGUCCCGGGUCAAAGCAUCAACGAGACAGAGUUGAGUCAGAGUCAAAGCAUCAACGAGACAGAGUUGAGUCCCGGGUCAAAGCAUCAACGAGACAGAGUUGAGUCAGAGUCAAAGCAUCAACGAGACAGAGUUGAGUCCCGGGUCAAAGCAUCAACGAGACAGAGUUGAGUCAGAGUCAAAGCAUCAACAAGACAGAGACGAGUCAGAGUCAAAGCAUCAACAAGACAGAGACGAGUCAGAGUCAAAGCAUCAACGAGACAGAGUCAAGUCCCGGGUCAAAGCAUCAACAAGACAGAGUCGAGUCAGAGUCAAAGCAUCAACGAGACAGAGUCGAGUCCCGGGUCAAAGCAUCAACAAGACAGAGUCGAGUCAGAGUCAAA